AUGCCCAUUCCAAGCAAACCAAGAGACCCGUUAGAGAAAGUGAUUCCGAGAAAUCCUAAAUAUGAGGAUAUUGAACCAACUAUUGACACAGGAGCAAGUUUAUCAAAAUAUCUUAAGAGAAUGGAAGAAAUUCGUGAAAAUUAUAAAAUGAAAGAUAAUGAAAUAUUUAAACGAAUGAAAGUGGCAACAUUUGUACAACUAAUCUUACAAAUAGCAGAAGUAAGACAAAACACUAAAUCAUGCGGUAAGGAUGUAUCCAAUGUAACAGCAGAAAUAGCUGACAAAAGCAGUGUCACUAGUAAAUCGAAAAAUGGUAAUAGUUCUGUUCAAUCCAAUGGCGACCCACCACCAACUGCAAGGUCUACACUUGAAAGUCUUGUUACUGGUAUUGGUGAAUUCGACACGUACUUUGGCCAAUCACGAUCACAUAUUCCAGAUUCAACAGGGAGAUUAACUUCAUUACUAGAUUAUCCAUAUUUAUUACUCGAUGUAAGAGAUAGAGAUGAGUACGAUGCAUGCCAUAUUAUAACAGCUCGUAAUUAUCCUAUUGCAAUGUUAUCACGUAGUGUAAAUUUCGAAACUACCGAAAUGUUGGCGUAUCGUAAUCGAUCAGAUCAUAUUAUUAUUAUAUAUGAUGAAGAUGAACGCUUAGCACCGCGAGCUGCAACCACAUUAGUACAACGAGGAUAUUGUAACUUAUUCAUGUUGUCUGGUGGAUUAAAGGUGGCAUGGAAGUUAUUCCCAGAAGGUUUAAUAAUUGGAACAAUACCAUUGUCUAUUUCAUGUACACUGAAAUCACGUGGGAAAAGUCGAUUGUAUAGGCCGCCAACAUGUCAAAAUUCACUGUCUAGUUCUAUGAAUAAAGAGUCAUGUAUUCAUCAUAAUUCAUCAGAUAUAUCUUUACCAAAACUUCAACGAAGUACCACACCGUUAAUUUAUUGUGCUAUAGGGACAAGAGAUAAUGUUGAAGGUGAUGAGGAAUUUCUACCUGAAGAUCUUGUUCGGUUAACUUUACAAUUAGAAAAAGGUGUUGAUGAUGGACGUUCUGUCAGAUCAAAUUAUGCACGUAGUACUGUAUCAUCGAUGCGUUACUCAGCCUCUGGUGAUCGGAAACCAUUUCGUUAA